GCAACGAAGGCAACAUCAACAACAAAUAAAUGCAUCAAAAGAAACACCGCAACUCAAAAACCAAUACCAUACCCAACACUAAAUUUAUGUUUCUGUCUUAAUCUUCCCAUACUUAUUUUCUUCUACUUCUACUUUCUCUUUGUUCCUUUACUCUCUUUGGGGCCCGGGCCCCUCCAGAAGACAAAUAGAGUGCAAAGAGUAUUUGGCAAUGCUUUAUCUGAGAAAGCAAGAGUGUGUAAGAGAAGAAUGAGGGUUUGAUGUGUGAGUGAUGAGAGGGUGAGUUGGGAAGAUGGAGGGUGCACAGGAGGAGCUAGAAAGAAGAAGCAAGUUUCUCAAAAGCUUGAUACAAAAGAAGAAAACCAUAGAGCAACAAGAGCAGCAUGAUCACCUACAACACAAUAACGUUCGUGUCAGAGCUUGUGACAUGCCUCUCCCUCUUCAGAACCGUGCCUUUCGUUGUGCACGUGAUCUCCUGGAUUCUAUGCCAUCAAAGAAGCUUGAUAGUAAACGCCUGGCUCUCACACUUAAGAAGGAAUUUGAUACUUCGUAUGGUCCAGCUUGGCACUGCAUUGUGGGUACUAGUUUUGGUUCCUAUGUUACUCAUUCCUUUGGUGGUUUCGUGUAUUUUUCCAUUGACAAGGUUUAUGUCCUCUUCAAGACAGCUGUUGAACCAUUAGACCAUUCAUAGCUUCCAACUGAGUUAUAUGCACAUCUCCUUGGGAACUAAAAGUAAUUUAAUAUUUUAAACCAAUGGAUGUGUGAAAUUACAAAUUAAAGACAUUUGUACUCUGUGAAGUAUUUGAUUUGAUGCACUUCAGUUUGGAGUGGGAGAGUAUUUGAGUGUGUAAUUUGUUGUGACAAGCAAAAGAUACUCUUUCUUCAGCUCAGAAAUAGAUAAUUUUACAGAGUUUUCAAUCUCAAAUUGACACUUGA